AUGAAACUCACAAAGCAAAACGAUGUCGUGGCACAUGAUGAGGGCGUCUGGUCGGUAGCUUGGAUUCCGGGAACAAAUAGCCUGCUGACAGGUUCAGCUGACGAAAGCGUUAAGCGAUGGGAAGUCACUGAUCAUGGUAUCACCGAGACAUACAAACAGGACGGCAAUGGGCUUGGCGUAAUUUCGGUGGCUGCGCACGGGUCGGGCCAGUUCGCGGCCUCGAGCGCCCUUGACUCCUUGAUACGCGCGUGGGACGUCAACGAGCAAACGACAAUAUCGGUGAUCGAAAUGGCGCCGACUGAAACCUGGACGGUGGCCUUUGGGCCACAGACAGAUGUAAUCGACCUGGCCGUGUCGGGAGGAACACGUAACACCGUCGUAUUAUGGCGUAUCGGAGAGGGCAAGACGGAAAAUGCCCACAAGCGCGAACAAUUUGUACUGAGUGCAGCUUACAGCCCAGAUGGCCUGCGGCUGGCGGCCGGCUGCAUGGAUGGCACUGUGGCAGUGUGGGACUUAGCGACCUCAAAGCUUCUGGGCAAGUGCGAGGGCCACCACAAGCCCGUACGGAGCCUGACCUUCACAAGCGAUAGCCGGAUGCUGCUGACCGCCUGUGACGACAUGCACCUUCAUCUGUACGACGUGGAGAGCUGCAACCUCGUAGAGUCCUUCUCAGGUCACGAGUCAUGGGUACUGUCCGUAGCCAUGCACCCGGGCGGCUCCACCUUCGCCAGCGGCGGCAGUGACGCAUGCGUCAAGCUGUGGGACAUCAACACGCGGACGUGCGUACAGACGCUCUCUGCAGACCAUACGGAUCAGGUCUGGGGCGUGGCAUUCAGCGGCACCGGUUCACACCUGGCCUCAGUGGCAGACGACAAGCGGCUGGUGGUGUAUGCAGUGGCAUGA